AGCUACCUCCAAAUUAACAGUAAUACCACUUAUUGUCCGCCGUAGUUGUUUCGGUGUCAGUUAGCAAACCUAGACAGAGAUAAGGAAGUAAACCUACGAGUCGACGGCAGUUUUCAGGCUACAGUUGAUGCCGGAGUACAUUUUGAUAGCCUCAGAGCUACGUACGGUGCCGUACACUGAAGCUAUAUACUUGAUAAAUUCGUUAUAACGGCUUACUACCGUAUGAUAAUAACACUUAGCAUUGACGAAAAGCCGUUCACUUCGUCAACAUGAUGCUUGCAAUGCAACGUCAGCGUUGUUAACUGUGGAAAAGAGGCAGGGGGGUCGCUAAGAUGAUCAGGACUGGCGCUAUUCUAAAAUUGGCAGCGCUCAUCUUUGCAUUCCUCCUUGCUGUCUUUCUGGCUUUUCAACUCCUGGAGAUAAAUGUGGAUUUUUUUAAGCUGAGCAGUGCAAUCUCAAGAAAUAUACCGGUGAACGAAGGCUCACAAAAGCCAGUCAGGUACAAAUGUGGGCUGUCAAAAGCAUGUCCAGGUGGACACUUCGCCUUCAAGAUGGCGAGUGGAGCCGCCAGCGUGGUUGGGCCCAGAAUCUGCCUGGAGGACAAACUAGUUAUGAGCGGUGUGAAGAACAAUGUGGGCAGAGGAAUCAACAUCGCCCUUGUUAAUGGAAGGACUGGAGAUGUUCAAAAGACAGAUUAUUAUGAUAUGUGGGCAGGAGAUGUGGCUCCCUUCAUUAAAUUCCUGAAGGAAAUCGAGGAUGGCACAAUCGUGAUGAUGGCUUCAUUCGAUGAUCCCGCUACAAAACUCAAUGAUGAAGCCAGGAAACUGAUUUCUGAUCUUGGAAGCUCCAUCGUGAAUAAUUUGGGCUUCCGGGACAAUUGGAUCUUUGUGGGAGGGAAAGGAAUCAAGACCAAGAGUCCAUUUGAACAGCACAUAAAAAACAACGCAGAUACCAACAAAUUUGAGGGAUGGCCCGAGGUGCUGGAGAUGGAAGGCUGCGUGCCUCGGAGGCAGGACUAACCGGAUCCUCGACGUUUUGCCUCAAACAUCCAACAUGCCCUCAACCUGCCCUCAAGAGACUCUCUAGUUUUUGUCACAGGCUGAGAAAGGUCAUUUUUAAGCUCUGUGUCAAGCCUUUUAUUCAAAUUUACCUACAAGAACAUUAGUCAAACAAAAGAGGAGCUGGCGUGAAGCCGUGGACUUUUCUCUCUUUGUUUGGCUUGACUUGUAGCUGGACUAAGUUGGUAGAUAGCACUGAUUAUAAGGGAAUCAUCUUUGCAUGCUGUCACACUUUCUACCUGUAAGGCCCACAGACGUAGCUGUGAUAGCGUCGCAUUAUUGCACUGUUAACCAUGGGAAUGGAUGUCAGAGAGAUGAUCUCCAUCACCUGUUUCCUGCCUUAAUCUCAUUAACCUGUUCAUGUUUAAGUCUUUGUGAUUCGUUUUCUUCCUUUCAGAGCUGUUUGUUUUGAGAAUUUUACUGUUAGCAGGGUUUGAAUAUGCAUAUUUUCAUGAUAUUGUAACCAAAAGUACCAAAUUCACUGUGAAAUUUGUAAAUACUUGUUUAGAGGGUCCCAAUAAAGAAAGACCCUAAUUUAAUGAACAUUGUAAUAAUAAUAAUAUAAUUUCUUAAAAUAAAUGAUAUUCUUUGUGAUGUUUUAA